CUUUCGUCAUGGUUUGCGCGCGGAAGUGUUAGUCACGUGACAUAUCAAGCGUAAAUAUUUUUCUCCUCACGGCGAAUGAUCGUCGACCUCGCUGUUUUACCUUUAUAAAUGAAUAUCGACUUAACUUUUCCCUAGUUUAAACGGCGUAGAUUUUGUCUCGUAUCCACAGUUUACUGGAAUAUUCCAUCUAAACAGGACAAAAUGAACGUGGAUCUUCCGCAGACUGGAGCAGCAGCCGCCUCCAGCACAUCCACGUCGAGCAGCAACUGCGUCCCGAGCAGCGCCUCCACAAACGCCAGCAGCAUCCCCGCGCUCAGCAGCGGUAAUGUUCCGACCUCGGCAGCAAUGACGACUCCAUCAUCCGACUCCAGCGUGUCAAACGGGGUGUAUGUGCCCACGGGCAUCGCUAACGGAGACGUGAAGCCCGUCAUCUCAAGCACACCGCUGGCUGAUUUCCUGAUGCAGCUGGAGGAUUACACUCCUACUAUCCCAGACGCAGUCACCGGAUAUUAUCUCAACCGAGCUGGAUUUGAAGCAUCAGAUCCAAGAAUAAUCCGUCUCAUAUCAUUGGCGUCUCAGAAGUUCAUCUCAGAUAUUGCAAACGAUGCACUACAGCAUUGCAAAAUGAAGGGCACAGCCUCUGGAAGCUCCCGAAACAAGAACAAGGACAAGAAGUACACGCUGACGAUGGAAGAUCUGACACCAGCCAUGGCAGAGUAUGGCAUAAAUGUAAAGAAACCCCAUUACUUUAUUUGAGGGGAAGUGCUUCACUGAAAUGGACUGCUGGAAAUGCGCUGUUUGUCCCAUCGGAGCUUUGAAGACAUUAUCCUUCAGCGUGGGAACCAUCAGCUCACUGGCCCUCUGCUUUAUGCAUUUUCUUUAAGUGUGUUCUUUAACUGAUGUUGACUUUAAUUGAUGUCAGUAAAAAUCCUGUAUAAAUAAAUUCAUUGUAAUUACGCAUCUUGUUACUGAAGCCUAUUGGGAUCAAUUGAUUUAACCACUGUAAAGCUUUUACAGUUCUGACGUCAGUUCAUACACUGUCUGAACCUCUCAUCUCCGCUUUAUGGAUUUAGUUUCACACCAUAAGAGGCUUGAGCUGUAAUGUGUUGCAGUAUUAAUAGUACCUAGAGCUACUCUCAAGUUUCCCUCUCUACAGCGUAGUACAGCUGCACUGGCCAUAAAACGCUCAUCACACUAUCUGUCUACAGUAAACAUAAAAUUAAUAAUAAUAUUUCAAUACUAGCCUUUGCUUUGUGCUAUUUGUAGUUGCACUUCAUCUGUAUGUGCUCACAGGCGUAAUGCAGAUGUAAAGCUAGAGUGACGGGCCAGUUAUAUUAAUAUUAAAGCUAGUAUUCGUUCAAAUUCAAAUGCAAUUAUUAAUGUGCUCUUAUUUGAAGUGUUAACAUUAAAUGAUUUCAUCAAAUGA